AUGUCUGAGAUAUCGUCACUGACUGAGCCGCCAGUAUUUCGAGAAGCAGAGGAGUGGAAACCAGAGUCGUCAAAUUGUCAUGAAGUGCCAGAUGCAGCAGCAGAUCGUUAUGUUAAAAUAAAUGUUGGUGGAGCCCUAUUCCAGACGACUCUUGCCACAUUAACCAAGCAUGACACAAUGCUGCGAGCCAUGUUUAGUGGCAGAAUGCAGGUAGUCACCGAUUCAAAUGGCUGGGUUUUAAUUGAUAGAAGUGGACGACAUUUUGGGGUGAUUUUGGAUUUCCUUCGAGAUGGUUUUGUUCCGCUGCCUGAUUGCCGCGUUGAAGUUGAACAGAUCCUCGCUGAAGCGAGGUAUUAUCUCGUUCAGGACCUUGCAUCCGAGUGUCAAUCGUGGUUGGAAGCUUUGCGAGCGCGUCGUGACGUACGUGAGCCUAAAGCGACGUGUAGUAUACCGGUGGUCCAUACAAAGGCUGAGGCCGAUCGAUUAGUAUUGAAUUCAGUGAAGCCGGCAAUCAAGUUGUUAAUCAACCGACACAAUAACAAGUACUCCUACACUAGUCAGUCCGAUGACAAUAUCAUGAAGAAUCUGGAGUUGUUCGAUCGACUGGCAGUAAAGUUCCAUGACCGUAUCCUAUUCGUUAAAGACGUUGGAUCAGAGUCAUCUGAAGUAUGUCAGUGGAAAUUUUUUGGCAAAGGAGCUAAAAGAGCCGAGGUGUGCUGCACUUCGAUUGUGUAUGCAACGGAUAAGAAACAGACGAAGGUUGAAUUCCCUGAUUCGAAAAUAUAUGACGAAGCCAUGUCGAUUUUACGCUUCGAAGAGAGGGGCUUGUGUUCUCGAUGUGGUGGAGAAGCGUGCAGUCCUAAGGACACCGGUACUCCACCUGAAGGAAUAAGCGAUUGA